GAUAGCGGAGCAGCCUGUCAGAGAAACACCCUCACUGCCAGCUUCGCCUUUCUCUAUCAUACCCCUCCGACUCUCGGCGCCUCUCUAAAGGCUUUCCCACCGCUCCAACGGCCGGCUAGCUGCUGGGCGGAGCCGCGUUGUUAUUCUUUCCUUUUUUUUUUUUUUAUACACUAUUUUUUUUUUUUUUUUUUUUGCCCGAACUAACAUUUAAUUCUUUCGGAGUUGAUUCGGGAGUAAAGAAGCAAGCGAGAGAGAGAGAGGACAGGGGAGAGCCAUGGCCACAACAACCUGUACGCGAUUCACGGACGAAUACCAGCUGUACGAGGAGCUGGGGAAGGGUGCAUUUUCAGUGGUGCGCAGAUGUGUCAAGCUGUCAACAGGGCAGGAGUAUGCUGCCAAAAUAAUCAAUACCAAAAAGUUAUCUGCAAGAGAUCACCAGAAGCUGGAGCGAGAGGCUCGGAUCUGUCGCCUUCUGAAACAUCCCAACAUCGUUCGUCUUCAUGACAGUAUAUCAGAGGAGGGCUUCCACUACCUCCUUUUUGACUUGGUGACCGGAGGUGAACUGUUUGAGGACAUUGUUGCCAGAGAGUAUUACAGCGAGGCAGACGCCAGUCAUUGCAUCCAGCAGAUCCUGGAGGCGGUGCUUCACUGCCAUCAAAUGGGUGUGGUGCACCGGGACCUGAAGCCAGAAAACCUGCUCCUUGCAAGCAAGUGUAAGAAUGCUGCCGUGAAGCUUGCUGACUUUGGCCUGGCCAUUGAGGUGCAAGGGGAUCAGCAGGCCUGGUUUGGCUUUGCAGGAACACCGGGAUACCUGUCCCCUGAGGUAUUGAGGAAGGAGGCAUAUGGCAAACCUGUGGACAUCUGGGCCUGCGGUGAGUUUAGAGAAAUGCUCUCAUUGAAGCACUACAUCCAUAUGGUAUUUGCUAAGUGUUCCUACACCAAACAGAAGGUUGAACUGAUAUUGUGUUUUUGUUGUAUUUGUUUUUUUUUGUGUGUUUUUGCAUGUGCUUGUGACUCAGGGGUGAUCCUCUACAUCCUGCUGGUGGGUUACCCUCCUUUCUGGGAUGAGGACCAGCACAAGCUGUACCAACAGAUCAAGGCUGGGGCUUAUGAUUUUCCAUCCCCAGAGUGGGACACAGUCACUCCAGAGGCAAAAAACCUGAUCAACCAGAUGCUUACAAUCAAUCCAGCCAAGAGGAUCACUGCCCAGGAGGCCCUUAAGCACCCAUGGGUCUGCCAACGAUCCACAGUGGCAUCUAUGAUGCACAGACAGGAGACUGUGGAGUGCCUGAAGAAAUUCAAUGCCAGGAGGAAACUCAAGGGGGCGAUUCUUACGACCAUGCUGGUUUCUCGAAAUUUUUCAGUUGGCAGCAGGCAGACCACGGCUCCAGCCUCUGUGACCGCGGCUGCGGCAGCUGCGGCUGCAGCCGCCGGCACCACCGCAGGGCUGGUGGAACAAGCAAAGACCUUGCUCAACAAAAAGGCUGAUGUUAAGAAACGCAAGUCCAGCUCGACUGUGCAGUACAUGCCCCAGACAAACAGCACCAAAAACAGCAUAGUCACCAGUCCCAAAGGAAACAUCCCUUUACCUGCUCUGGAACCUCAGACAACUGUCAUCCAUAAUCCGGUGGACGGGACAAAGGAAUCAUCAGAUAGCAGCAACACCACUGUGGAAGAUGAGGAUGUGAAAGGAAAGAGCUUAGACAACAGCUCACUUAAGGCGCAGUCCAGCACAAGUUCCCAGCCUGAUAGCACUCAGGGCUCCUCAGCAGCUGUGCACUCUGCUGCGAAGUUCGCUGACCUGCUGGGCUCUGUGCGUAGGGGCUCAGGGCCCAUUACCGACGGAGAAGGUAGAUCCAGCACUCCGCCUCCCGCUGCCCUCUCCGCCCCCUCCCCUCCACACACCCCCGCUGUCCCAAUGCAGAUGUCUCGGCUCACAGACUUGGUUAGCAGUGUUCGCAGGGCGCCGCCGCCCGCUGCACCUGAAGGCGACACAGCUCCCAGCACCAAGCCAGCCCCUCCACCUUCACACACCACUCCUCCACCUCCCCCUCACCACCCCUCCAGUCCUUCCUUAUCAUCCUCCCAGACACGCAAACAAGAAAUCAUCAAGAUCACUGAACAGCUGAUCGAGGCCAUCAACAAUGGAGACUUUGAUGCAUACGCUAAGAUCUGCGACCCUGGACUUACUUCGUUUGAACCCGAGGCUUUGGGAAACCUAGUGGAGGGGAUGGAUUUCCACAGAUUCUACUUUGAGAAUCUUUUGGCUAAGAACAACAAGCCCAUCCAUACUACCAUCCUGAACCCCCACGUCCACCUGAUAGGGGAGGACGCCGCCUGCAUCGCGUAUAUCCGGUUGACUCAGUUUGUUGACAACCAGGGCCGGCCGCGCUCCAGCCAGUCGGAGGAGACUCGUGUCUGGCAUCGUAGAGACAGCAAGUGGCAGAACAUCCACUUCCACUGCUCAGGCGCGCCAGCUGCGCCUCUCCAGUGAGUUGUGUCUGUCAGGAACGAUCUGCUAGAGAGAGGAGGAGGAGGAAGGGAUGAAGGAACACAUCCAGUGUUGAUUUGGAGGACAUGGCUCAUCACGCCUCAACAAAUCAAUCCCUCUCUCACUGGACUCCAUCCCCCAGCAUGCACCUCUACUUCAACAACUAUGACCCCGCCUCUGUCAGCAUCCACAAAGUGAGCCUCUGACAUCAUCCGACACCGGCUUCACAUCGCUCAGCAUCUCUACUCCUCUAGCCUUCCUCGUCUUCAUCUUCCUCUCUCCGGCUCACUGGGUGUUUGAUUCGGUGUGACUCCUCUUUCGUGCGGUUUCUUUCCCACUCCCACAAUAUUUUUUGUGACACCAUCCCUCUUGUCCUCCUUUGAAUCUUCACCUGUGUGACAUAAACACUGCACUGGAAAUACAGUAUGUAAAGUUUUAAGUCAAAUCUAUAAUUAUCAUUACUAUAUUAUGAUUAUUAUUGUUACACAUUUGCAACUGUAUAUGUAAUUUGUAUAACUCAGAUUUCUUGAUGCCAGUGGUUUUUAGAGGUAAAGGACUUUUUCUUUUGUUUUAUCUUUUUAAGUAAGCAUGUUUUAUCUCCCAUAAUAACAGUGGCUGUUUUUGUUUUACUGUGGCUGUUCUGUUGAAAAGGGUUAUUGGGCCGUUUUUAUAAUUUAGCUCUGCGACGUUAGCUGUAAUACUGCGGCGGAAGUUUCUGUUGUUUUUUAGCAUUUUUAUUUUUUAAUCAUGAAGUCUUUGUUGUUGCCUGGUGGAAGGGGUGUUUCAAAAUGCAGGCUAUGAUUUUACAGCUGGGGUGUGAAGUUAACACAGACUCAUCACAGGUAUGGGUUUUAUUUAGUUUAGGUUGAAACUCUUUAAUUUAAAAAUUUUAUUUCCCUGUCUAAUGUAUCCAAAGAAACUUAGUUUGAUUUGAUUACUGUGGAUUUUCUCUUAAGGCAUACAGGGUUAACAUUUUUCAUAGACUCAAAUUGGAACAUGCAGCCCGAAUACCUUUUAGUAAAUGUCCCUAAUAUUGUUUACAUUGAUUAAAAGUUUUCCCGCCUCAUGGAUGUAGGUGCAGUUACAAACAACAAAUUAUUUGCAUUAGAUCAUAUAAAAUAAAGACCACAAAAGCAGUGAUUCAGGAGUGCGUUUUACAGGGCUGAAGUAAAAGUAAAAGGGUAUUUGCAGAAGUAAUUCCUGCUGUAUGGGAUGAAAAACAACAUAUACAGUUAGUCGCAGUAAAACUUCAGCCAAUAGUUAUGUCUAGGAAAGAGAGACAGAGGUAACCAGUGAAAGACAGGACCCAGUUGAUCCUCUAUAGAAGGAGAACAUGUUGACAGCAGCAGCCUGCGCGUCCCUCCAGGAAUGUGUCACAGUUGAACAGAAUGCCUCAUGUUCCUACUAUGAAGAGAACAAAGCCAGGAGAGAACAAAGUUAACCUGAAAUGACUACAGAUAAUUGAAAAUUGGAGAUUAGUAGGAGAAUGUAGCCGAGUGAGGAUUAUGUGGUCAUUAUGUCCUCCAGCAGUCUAAGCCUAUUCAUUAUACCUUUUAAAACUCAAGGUACCUUUCCUAAACCUAAAUAAAGGAAAGGUUUAUGUUAGGAAGACGUGGAGCAAUAGAUACUGGCAUAUGAUAGAGCUUGAUUACUGUGUUUCUGUGGAAGAGGAAGCUAAUGAAGAGAAGCUAAAAUAGAAGAAUAUGAUCCCUUGCCGCAGUUCUUUGGUGUUCUGGUAGCCUCAGGUUGAGGGCAGGCUGCAGCCAUAGUGUUUCCUCUGCUGUCUUAACCAGUUCUUUCAUCUUAGGGUGACCUAAGGAAUGUUUCCUCAGACACCGGCAAAGGACAUGCUUAUACCCUUAAAACUUAGAGCUAAGGAACAACUAUUUGAACAAACUGUUUCAGAAUCAAUGGUUUCAAAAUUAUUUGAAAACACUUUCCUUAAAUAUGAUCCAGAAUCUAAAGUUUUAUUUUAUAGACCUACGAUAAAUUCCUUAGACUUCCUAGAUGAUCUUAUCAUUGCAAAAUAGUCGUUUUUCAAAAAGAAAUUGUUAGUCCCACCCUUAAAUUGAUCCUUAUAACUGAUCCGAGGUUAAGAAACCAUAAAACUCGUUUGAACUGAUAUGUUGUCUAUUUGUAUUGACUGGCUGUGUGUAUAAAAUAAAAUCCAAACAUGUUUUUAAGUCAAACACAGGUCUGAACUGAUGAGCGCAAGUAAACAUUAGACCAGACUUGAACAGAUGUGUUUGUGAGCACGGUCAUGCAAAGUAGGGACGUAGCAUUUACAGUCCACUCCGGGUAACUGAGCACAAUCUAAGGAACCUGCUGCUCUUCCUCAGCUGCAGUGUUUGUGGCAGGAGAAAGUCUUUGCUGAAGCCUGAAGCACAUAAACGGAGCAGGAAAGUUUCUUUCCCAUCUUGUUCUAACCUGAACUCAGGAGCUCUGAUUCAUGUCUUAAAAAUGCAUAAAGAUGGACAACCUGAAGCAGUGGUGUAAAAAUACACAAGCGGAGCAUACAGUCUGCGGCUUUUCCCAA